GAACUGACACUGGAAUAAAAGACCCAACGACAAUUGAAUAGAAGGAAGUGGUCGUCACUAAUUUUUUUCCCCUAAAGGAACAUUUCCUUUCUACGGUUAGCGCCAGCCAUCAGCGCCGUGUGGGAGCAUGGAACUCCGUUACACGAAUAACGUGAAAAUGGAUAUUCAUUUCUUCAUGUUGACUUUUGUACACGCGAUGCUAUCUUCAUCUGAUGGGUUCCUGAUACAACAUGCUCGGAAGCAGGAGUGCUUGGAGGCCAACAGUGUGGGGGUGUCGGUCAAAACCUGUAACAUGACCAACCGCUGGCAAGACUGGGAGUGGACGGAGCAGGGCAAGCUGAGGCUCCGGCAGCAGGGACAGUGCCUGUCUCUGGCCAGCAACACGUCCAGCCACACUCACCGCUUAACGCUGCGGGACUGCACAGGGGGCCUGCGCUGGAAAUGCUACCACGACGAACCAGGUCAAAUCGGCCUGGCCGACCAGGAAAUGUUCCUUAAAAAGAUGGGCUACUUAGCGCUGCUGAAGGCCGAGAAGAAAUACUACGACAGCUGGCUCAGAUACCAGCUCGGGGGUAACGGCAAGCCGGUUACACUCAACAUCUGUCCAACUCAAGAUGAUUAUCAAGCCAAUGCUUUAAAGGAGGAUCUGCCACCAUUUCAGGAAAAGAAGGCCAAGUGGCAGGAUAAUGUUCCAAGGCCUGUUACUGAACAACCAAUUGAGCAGACAACAUUCAGUUCACACGUCACAUCUCCAAGUUCAUCCACAAGAUCAGAAGAACCCUACUCUACUAUGACCUAUGUUUACAAUCAAACUGAGAAGUCUGUGACCGUGGCGGCGGAGAGAUGCACAGUAAACGUGACUGAGAUCAGACGGAGGGGAGAUGCUAUUAACGUUGAGUGGAGCAGCCCGGGAAUUGUCUGCAAUUAUAGCGUGUCCUACAGACUUAACCAGUCGUGGGUUGUCGCCUGCAACCCGGCUCUCUACACGGGCGAUUCCCACGAGUGCGAGCUGCAUGAUCUAAUAGCAGGGACUUUACACCAACUCCUGAUAUACUCUCUGACCGAUGGCUCGUCGGCAAAUGUAACGGUGCAAACAGAUCCAAAACCGCCCCAAAACUUCCAAGUGAUCAAAAGUAGAACAACUUCCACCAACCUCCAGGUUUCUUGGACUCCAUCGCCCGGGAAUGUGGAUGUGUAUGAGGUUAGGUUAUUUGGGGAAGGCAGUGGAGACACACAGAUCCUCCACAUCCCAGGGAGCUCCCCCAAGAGCGAGGCCACUUUCCUGGGAUUGACGCCGGGCACUCGGUACAGCUUCACCAUAAAAGUGACCUCUGGAAACAGGAGUUGCGAAGGACCAAAAACCUUUGGAUCGACAACUCCCUCCAGGGUGAAGGAUGUGCAGAUUUCCAGCAAGCCGGACAGUGUCUCGGUGGUGUGGGUCCCUGGCCCGGGCAAGGUGGACAGUUUCCUGCUGUCGCUGGGCUACAAAGAGACCACGGUUCAGAAGUACACUGUCUCCAAUCUGACAAACAGCUACACGUUCACUGGAUUAACAGCCGGGAGACUCUACAAUCUCACCAUGAUCAGUGUGGCGGCAAGACUAGAAAAUUCCACCUCCAGAGCCGUGCAGACAGCCCCAGAAAAGGUCACCUCUGUGGCAGUGACCAAUAAUGGCAGCCUGACCAGUCUACUGGUCUCCUGGAGGAGAGCUGUGGGAGAUGUGGACUUGUAUGAUGUAUCCCUGCUUUACUUCGGAUCAAUGAUAGAAACCAAGACACUACAGCCAAGUACACAGGAAGCUUCCUUUCAAGGAUUGACACCAGGCCAGAUGUAUGACAUUACUAUUGUCACCAAGAGAGGAGACCAGAAGGCAGUGGCUGCAGGUAGCGGCAGAACUGUUCCCAGUCCCGUCUCAAACUUGGUGAUGACAAGCAAUGGCUCUACAAACUCCUUGAGAGUGAGCUGGCUGCCCCCUGCUGGACAUUGGGAAAGUUACCAUAUUCAGCUCCUCAACCAAUCUUCUGUUGUGCUGAAUAUCUCAGUGGAGAAAUACGUCAGAGAAUAUGAGAUCAAGGAUAUAGGACUCAUCCCUGGACGACUGUAUGAAGCCGUGGUCAUUGUGAAAAGUGGACUGCAGCAAAAUAAGGCAUUUUGCAGUGCGAGAACUGCACCUCAGGCAGUCGAUCAUCUACGAAUUAAGCACGUGGAUGAAUCCACACUCGCUGUAACGUGGACAACACCUGUGACUGAGCUGGAGAGGCACCUUGUAUCAUUAAAGGACACAAAAAGAGCAGCAAUGAAUAAAAGUUUAGCCAAAGAGGCCAAGGAGUGCAGCUUUACCAGUCUGGUGCCUGGACGGAAGUACACCAUUACUGUAACCACCAUCAGUGGUGAUUUAAGCAAAUCCACUUCAGUGGAGGCAAGGACAGUUCCUGCUCAGGUGUCUAACCUCCAUGUGACCAACCAGGCCAUGACCACCAGCCUACACACCAGCUGGACCAGGGCCACUGGGGACAUCGACAGUUACCAGAUCCACCUCAUUCACGAAAACAUUGUCAUCAAGAACGAAAGUGUUUCGAGUGAAACUAAUCAGUACGUGUUCCAUUCUCUGAAACCUGGAGGGUUGUACUCUGUAGUUGUCACCACUAUUAGUGGUGGGAUCCCUUCAAGGCAAUCAUUAGCUGAAGAAAGAACAGUUCCGUCAAGCGUGCCCAGUGUGAUGGCAAAUAACCAUGGCCGCAAUGAUUACCUUGUAGUUUCCUGGCUGCCAGCAAAAGGCGAUGUGGAUAGUUACCUCGUGACCCUGUCCCACAGUGAGAAAGUUGUCCAGUCUCACGUUGUAUCCAAAACCAUCCUUGAGGUUCCCUUCAGGUCACUUACCCCGGGAAGACUGUACAAUGUAACCGUAACCACCCGAAGCGGAAAGUAUGAAAAUCACACGGCCACUCACGAGAGGACAAAACCUUCUGCUGUUCAAAGAAUCACAGUCAGCAACUCGGGAAGGAGUGACUACCUGAAGGUCUCAUGGCUGGAUGCAACAGGAGAUUUUGACUGUUAUAUAGUAACUAUCAAGAACAGUUACAACUAUAGCAAAACUUUAGAGGUUCCCAAGUCUGAAAACGAAUGCAUCUUCCUCAAAUUAAUCCCCGGGCGACUUUACAGCAUCACCGUUAGUACCAAGAGUGGGAAAUAUGAAACGCACGAUUUUGCCACAGGAAGAACAUUUCCAGCUGCGGUUGGAUCCCUGGCAGUGGCGGACAGGAGUACGGACACCCUGAACGUGACCUGGGAAGCGGCUGCUGGCGACGUGGACCGUUACGAGAUCCAGCUCCUCUUCAACGACAUGAAUGUUUUCCUUCCAAUAACACUGAGCAACACGGCACACCAGUUCACUUCCUUAACCCCUGGGCGUCUCUACAAGAUCUUAGUCUCGACGUGGAUCGGGACCCUGCAACGUGCCGCCUUCAUUGAGGGACGUACAGUGCCAAGUGCCGUUAAAAGCAUCCAUGUGACAAACAGUGGAGUGACAAAGGGCCUUAAGGUGAAUUGGUCUCCUGGAGAAGGUGAUGUGGACAGCUACACUGUGAUCUUAUCCCACGAGGGCCAUCAAAUCUCUUUUCGUUCUGUUCCAAAACAUGUGCAUGAGCACAUCAUCUAUGACCUGGAGACAGGAGAGUUAUACCACAUAUUAGUUCAGUCAAACAGUGGCCGCUUCCAUAAUAAUUUAACAGCAUUUGGACGCACUGUUCCUGCCUCAGUCACAGAUCUAUCCGUUGACAACAAACACACAACCUGUACCUUGGCAGUGAGCUGGCAACCGGCCUCUGGGAUCAAAGAGGGAUACACUCUGCAACUCCUGAAUGAACAAGGCACUCAAAUGUUAUCAAAUGUGUCGGUGCCGGCAUCCAGCAGGGGAUACAAGUUCAAUGACCUAACGCCUGGCAAAAAGUACAGAAUCAGUGUCUUCACUGUAAGUGGGGAGUUACACAGCAUUAGAAUGGACCGCAAGGGACGUACAGUUCCAGCUGCAGUCACCCAUCUGGCAUUGCACAGGAGAACCACCGAGAGCCUAUCAUUCCGCUGGACCAAAGCAGAAGGGGAAUGUGACUCUUACGAGAUAUUCCUCUACAAUUCGGACAAAACGCUGCACGAUCGGAAAUCUGGCAGCCAGAGCCUGGAAGAAUGUUCCUUCCAGAACCUGACGCCAGGCAAAGUAUACAAGCUUGUGAUAGUCAGUCACAGUGAGAGCUUGACAAAUGAAUCGUCUCUCAUUGGACGGACAGUUCCAGCUCAGGUUACCCAUCUGCGAUGGAUGAACGUUAACCUUACUGACACACUGCAGUUCGCAUGGACCCCAGCUAUGGGAGAGUUUGAUUCCUACAACAUAUCACUUUAUAAUCCAAAUGGUACAUUGCAGAACAAUAAGCUUGGCAAGAAAGACUUGAAGGAAUGUUAUUUUCAGGACCUGAUACCUGGAAGAAUUUACAACAUUGCGAUCGUAACACAGAGCGGAGAGUUGACUAAUAGAGCUGGGACACAGGGCAGAACAGCCCCAGAGCCUCCAGGAUCAGUCUCCUUCGCUGAUGUUAACAACACUUCACUUGUGAUAACAUGGUUUGGUCCUCCUGAAUGGACUGAUUACGAUGACUUUGAGCUGCAGUGGACUCCAAAGGAUGACAAAGUUGUUGUUAUUAAUCCAUACACCACGGUGAAGUCCAAAGGGCGGAAGAUUCAGAAACUGCACCCUGGGCGUGACUAUACCUUUGAAGUGCGGACAGUCAGUGGAAAGUCACUGAAAUCCUUCAGUCAACCCAUUCAAGCUCAUAUAAGAACAAAGCCUGAUAAAAUACAGCAUAUUCGAUGUAGACCUCAGAGCUCGACUGCCGUCUCCUGUUCCUGGACACCCCCUGACUCAGACUACAAUGGCUAUGAUGUCGAGUGUUACCACCGUGACAAAAAGGAAUUGGUAUACUCACGACGAAUCGAGAAGGGAUUAGUCCAACAUAUCAUUAAGGAUCUAGAGCCGGACAAAAAAUAUUUAGUGGCUAUAAAGGUCAUCUCGGAUACAAUGACUAGUGAUGCUGUUGAGGACAGUGUUCUCACCAUGAUUGAUAGUCCACCUCCUCCGCCCUCACAUAUCCGAGUUGAUAAUAAAGCAGUCAGCAUUACCAAAUCCACCAUACACUUCAACUUCAAUUGCAGUUGGUUCAGCGAUGUGAAUGGAGCCAUCAAAUACUUCACUGUGAUUGUGUAUGAAUCAGAAACAACUGAAAAUUCCAAGCCAGAAAAGCAGCACCCCCUGCCCUCGUAUCUGGACUACAAGCAGAACAAUUCGGUCAGAAACUAUCAGACAAAUUAUUUUCCCAGCAAAUGUGCAGAAAAUCCUGAUGGCACAGUCCAAAACUUUGAAAUAAAUGUUGGAGAUGAGAUGGACAGUCUGGGAGGGAAAUGUGAGCAGGAUCAGAAGCCGUUCUGCGAUGGGCCUUUAAACUCCAGAACAUCAUACAGAAUCAGUGUCCGUGCCUUCACUCAGCUAUUUGAUGAAGAUAUGAGCAAUCCUUUAUUUUCAGACACCUAUUUCUCUUUACCCAUAACCACUGAAUCAGAGCCACUCGUUGGUGUUGUGGAAGGAGCCAGCGCUGGUGCGUUUCUGAUUGUUGUCCUCAUUUCAGUCAUGGCUAUAAUACUUUGCAGACGAAAACAGAGACCACUCAAUGAGGAGACUGGAGCCUCAUCAAAGCAGAAAGACAGGCCAUCAUCUGUAAGCGUGCCUCUGGUACAGGGAAGGAAGCCUCCAAUCACCAGAGAAAUUAAGACCAACCAGUUUGAAAUUCAGUUCACCAAACUACAAGCAGAUUCCAGUUAUCUCCUGUCUGAGGAAUAUGAGGAUUUAAAAGACAUUGGAAGAAACCAGUAUUUUGAAACAGCGCUUUUACCCGAGAAUAGAGGGAAAAAUCGAUACAACAAUAUUCUGCCUUAUGACUCGACCAGGGUGAAAUUAACCUACAUUGAUGACGACCCUUGUUCAGACUACAUUAACGCUAGCUAUAUCCCAGGUUGCAGUUUUCGAAGGGAAUACAUUGCGACUCAGGGCCCCUUACCUGGAACUAAAGAUGACUUUUGGAAAAUGGUUUGGGAACAAAAUGUUCAUAAUGUCGUGAUGGUCACCCAAUGCGUGGAAAAAGGAAGGGUAAAAUGUGAUCAUUACUGGCCCUUUGAUCAUGAUGCCUUGUAUUACGGAGAUCUCAUUGUCCAAAUGCUGUCCGAAUCCGUCUUGCCCGAAUGGACAAUCAGAGAGUUCAAAAUUUGCAAUGAGGAGCAACUGGACUGUGCUCGAAUCAUUCGUCACUUUCACUACACUGUUUGGCCAGAUCAUGGGGUGCCAGAAACGGCACAAUCUUUAAUCCAGUUUGUGCGAACCGUGAGAGAUUAUAUUAACAGAUCACCAAACUCGGGAUCUACCGUUAUACAUUGCAGUGCUGGUGUUGGUCGGACAGGGACAUUUAUCGCUUUAGACAGAAUCCUUCAGCAGCUGGAGAUCAAGGACUCAGUGGACAUUUAUGGAACAGUUUAUGACCUAAGGCUCCACAGGGUACAUAUGGUGCAAACUGAGUGUCAAUAUGCAUAUUUACACUUGUGCACCAGGGAUGUUUUAAGGAGCAGAAAGCUACGAGGUGAACAAGAAAAUCCAUUGUUUCCCAUAUACGAAAAUGUAAAUCCAGAGUAUCACAGAGUGUAGGGGAAUCAAGAACCAGAGGACAUAGGUUUAAGACUUCCUCUUUGGAAGACACUAAAGAAUGCAGAGAAACUGUCACCAGGAUGCAAUGAACCUCAUUUGCAGCACUGCUAAAUAUGCACUAAAAUAAUACCAGGCCGUGGAUUCCAUGUGUGUAUAAUUUAUUGCCUGGUAUUCCCUUUGGAUAUUAUUAUAAUUUAAAUGUAUUAGAGAUUAUUGUAUAUACAUAUAUUUCAAAUAAAUAUUUCUUAUAUAUAUUUUUCAAACUGAUGGGAUUAUGUAUUUUAUAUUACCUAUUACAAAAAUGUAUCUGAUGCAAGAAAGAAAAAGUAAUCUGUAUAUAAUUCUGUUCAUUUUGAUUGAUUUUUAAAUGUUAAUAUUCAGAAUGCAAUAUUCUAUGUGAUCCAUGUUGUUUUAUGUGGAGAUCCAAUAUUUGGAAGGAUUAUUAUAACUGUGCACUUAAAGGGUGAUGUGUUGAUACAUACUGUAGCCUGUCUGUUCUGGGAGUGCAUGGGAAAAAUAAUCACAAGGGCCUUUGAUUCUGCAACAAAGGCAGCAAAUGUCAUGUUAAUAUUUCUGUAGAAUGAGUGCAUUCGGCCCAUUGAUUCCAUGCUGGCUCUCAAAGCAAUUCCAUAAUUCCCACUGUCCCACUUAUCUCACAUGCUCAUCAACCUAUCACCCACUACACCAAGGGUAGUUUACAGAGGCCAGUUACCGUGCCGACCAGCACAUCUUUAGGAUGUGGAAGGAUACCAGAGCACCAGGGGGAUGCCCACACAUUCACAUUGAUAAUGUACAGAGGUAUCCACACAUAUGGUACCUAAAAUUAGAGUCGUACAACGUGGAACGGGUCCUUUAGCCUAACUUGCCCAUGUUGACCAACAUGUCCUAUCUACAUUAGUCCCACCUACCUGCUUUUGGCCCAUAUCCCUCUAAACCUAUCCUAUCCAUGCACCUGUCUAAAUGUGUUUUGAACAUUAUGAUAGUACCUGCCUCACCUACCUACUAUGACAUCUCGUUCCGUAUACCUAUCACUCUUUGUGUAAAAAAUAUUUCCCUCUGGUUUCUAUUAAUUCUUUUCCCCUGACGUUAAACCACAGUGCCCAGUUCUUGAUUCCCCUACUCUGAAUAAAAGAUUCUGUGCGUUUACCCUGUCUAUUCCUCUCAUGAUCUUAAGCACCUCCUCUAUAAGAGUACACCUCAUUCUCCUGUGCUCCGUGCAAUAAAGUCCUAGUCUACUCAACCUCUCCCUAUAACUCAGGCCCUCAAAUCCUGGCAACACCCUCGUAAAUCUUCUCUGCACCCUUUCCAGCUUAACAACAUCUUUACUAUAAAGGGUGACCUGUCACUACUCAAAGCUAUUUUGUUGCCUGCUCAACAUAUAUCCAUUAUUACAAGUAUUAAAAUAUUCCCAGUCGGUUUUUGUGCUAACAGUUGACCUCACAAUCUGGCAGUCAGGUCAUCCAGCCUCAGGAACAUCAGUGGAGAUGGUGACACAGAACAUAGUACGAUGCAGCACAGAAACAGGCCCUGCUGCCUGCAACUUCCGUGUCGUACAUGAUGCCUGGAUAAACUAACCUCAUCUGCUUGCACAUGAUCCAUAUGCUUCCGUUGCCUGCAUAUCCACGUGAUCUUCCUGCAUUAACCUCCCAUCAGAGAGGGAGACAAUGGGCACUGUUCCUCCACAAGGACCCAUGUCAGCAGAACUUAAAAGCCACUCGCUAGCCCGCCAGCACUAAAUUUUAACCUUAUUUCUUUCCUGAACUUACUUAUAAUAAAGAACCAGUUUAAGAGAUUUUUAAUUGCUGAAAUGUUUCCCCAAA